UCAGUUGGGUGGGUAUACCUUUUAACCGCUAGCACGCACACUGCACACACAUACACACGCAAAUCUGGCUAGGGCCAUUUUUGACGUUUAAAAGAAUUGUGCUCAUCAGUCGACAGUUUGUUUUAAACUCUAUUAGCUGGAGUAAAUGGUAGACGGUCUGUGAAGAGAAUUUCGGUGUGUUUCAUUUUCAUCGAGUUUCGUGUGCCUGUCUGAACUGAUGGAACUUUGACUUGGGGUCUUCACUUUUUUCCCAAGGCCGUUGACCACCGAACGACUCACCGAAACGAACAAAAAUGUUUCGAAUAUUCAAAGGAUGCAAUCGUCAGGUCGAGUAUGUGGAUAAGCGUCAUUGUUCGUUACCCAGCGUCCCUGAAGAUCUCUGGCGUUAUUCAAGAAGUUUGGAAGAACUCUUGCUUGAUGCCAAUCACAUUAGAGAUUUGCCCAAGAAUUUCUUCCGGCUUGCAAAGCUGCGAAAGCUCAGCCUCAGUGACAAUGAAAUCCAGAGGAUUCCACAAGAUAUUCAAAACUUUGAAAACUUAGUGGAGUUAGAUGUCUCUAGAAAUGAUAUAUCUGACAUUCCGGAAACGAUUAAGCAUGUUAAAGCGCUGCAAGUGGCUGAUUUCAGCAGCAAUCCAAUACCCAGAUUACCCGCCGGAUUCGUUCAGUUGAAGAACCUCACUAUCCUUGGACUAAAUGAUAUGUCCCUCAGUUCACUUCCUCUCGAUUUUGGAAGUCUGAGUAAUCUACAAAGCGUGGAACUGCGCGAGAAUUUGUUAAGGACUUUGCCCGAGUCCAUGUCGCAACUGACCAAGCUGGAGAGGCUGGACUUGGGUGACAAUGACAUUGAAAUUUUGCCGGCACAUAUUGGCAGUCUGCCCGCAUUGACGGAACUUUGGCUGGAUCACAAUCAGUUAGCUCAUCUUCCCAGAGAGCUAUGCCAGUUGACCAAUCUAGCCUGCUUGGAUGUCUCCGAGAAUCAUUUAGAAAACCUCCCGGAAGAGAUUGGCGGCUUGGUUUCCCUUACGGACUUGCAUCUUUCACAGAACUUCCUCGAAUCCCUCCCAGAUGGAAUCGGUGCCCUAUCAAAGCUAACUAUUUUAAAAGUGGACCAGAAUCGCCUCACGACACUUAACUAUGCCAUCGGAAAAUGCGUCGCUCUGCAAGAGCUGAUCCUUACGGAGAACUUCCUAACGGAACUGCCAACUUCCAUGGGCAAUAUGACCAAGUUGACUAAUCUUAAUGUCGAUCGCAACCGGCUUCACGAACUACCGGUCGAAGUGGGCCACUUAGUCUGCCUCAAUGUCUUGUCGUUACGUGAAAACAAACUGCAUUUCCUACCCAAUGAACUGGGCGACUGUAGCGAGCUGCAUGUCCUCGACGUGUCCGGCAACCGCCUCCAAUAUCUUCCUUUCUCGCUGACCAGCUUGAACCUUAAGGCCAUUUGGCUCUCGGAAAAUCAAGCCCAGCCGAUGCUCACGUUCCAGACAGACAUCGACGAGGUCACAGGCGAGCAAGUGCUAACUUGUUUCCUACUCCCGCAACUUGAAUACCAAAAUGAACAACAAGGAGCUCCUGCGUUGCUAAGACGCUGGGGCGGCAAUGGACCUAUCGGGUGGCGGGCAAACGUUUCUCCUUGGUUCCGUACGCCUUUGUUCGGUUCUAGUUUCUCCAUAGAUGACUUAACUUUCGUGGCCUCAGUGUCUUCGCCGCCUAUGACGUCGCAGACGGACGCGGACAGCGAUGCAGCGGACCCGCAUCGAACUUCGUUCGUCAAAUUCGCUGAGGAUUCCGAUGGCGAUGAAGAUAAGGAGACGCCGUUCGUUCGACAUAAUACGCCCCAUCCCAAGGACCUGAAAGCUAAAGCCCAGAAACAUUUCAAAGGCAAGAAAAUCGAUGGUAAAGUCGUCCACCAUGACGAACAGGACGGAUUGAAAGAAGGAGAAGCUUUCAAGCCCGAUCGUACGGGACAAGAAUUGCCCUAUCGGCGUGCAUCUCCUUUGCCGCCACUCGAACUGAUUGACUUACCCGUCCACGAUGAACUUGCCAGCCGGGGCGGUCCUGUUUAUCCCACAGAGCAGUAUGAGCAGAGACAGACUUCUUCGCCUUCUCCAGUGCCGGAGCCGCAUGAAAAAGCUGUUGCCUUUGUCGACCAAUACGAACAUAGAAACAUUGAAGAGGCUGAUGAAAACGAAGAGGAUUUCGAUGGAGGAGAUGAACGGGUCCCGCGAGAGAAAUCCAAGUUGUCGCGACGUGAUACACCGCACUACUUAAAGAACAAACGAAUUCACGAACCGAUGGACAAGGAGAAGGCCAUGGCUUUGAUCACGAGCGCUCUCAAGAAAAAAGAGAUGACUCAGCAUCAACCACACCAACUGUCUACGUCAUCGAACCAGUCUGAAGAUGAAGACGAUCGUCUGCCAACCCCUCCUCCAUUACCAGACGAUGAAUCUAUAGAUAACGAACAGCAAGUCGAAGUUUUGGAGAUUCAAUACGAGAUCCACAUCGAAAGGACCACCAGUGGCUUGGGACUGAGUAUUGCUGGUGGCAAAGGAUCGACGCCGUACCGCGGCGAAGACGAGGGUAUCUUUAUAUCCCGAGUGACGGAGGGUGGUCCAGCCGAGAUGGCCGGUUUGAGAGUUGGUGACAAACUGGUUGCCGUCAACGGCAUGUCGUGCGUUGACGUUGACCAUUACGAAGCUGUGGACAUCCUGAAAGCGGCCGGUCCUAGUCUGGUGGUGCACUUUAUCCGAGAGGUGACUAGGCUUGUUCCGCCUGCGGGCGAAGAGGAGGAGCAGCAACACGAACAGCCAGAAUUGCGAGAAUCGGAAAAGCCCGCCUCGCCAAUGAUGACAGAGACCUCUGUGUUACCGCCCAAACCGGCGCCCAGGUUGUCGAUCGGCUCCAGUUCCAGUCUGCAGGGUGUCAGAGAGAUGGAUAAGCCGAUAUCAAAUGGCGUGCCAAACCCUGCUCCUCGACUCAGCUUUACUCAGUCUCAAGCGCUGUCAGCUAAUCAAGUCCAUUCCGAGACGAUAGACCAUCAACGUCCGCAGUCACCCCUCGCUAAUCCAAUGGUGCCCAAUAAAUCCAUUAUUCCUUCAUCGGCCCCUGUUCCCACUGCUGCUGCUGCCCCGGUGCUUACGUCUUAUCAAGGCAGCUCACAAAUUGUACGUCCGGCUUCACAGCCUCCCCCACCUCCGAAUCAGUUGCACACUGGGCCUACCGAAACUGGUACAAAACAACAAAAUGGACUGGAACUAAGGAAGGAGCGAGUGUACAUUACGCUCUUGCGAGAUCACACGGGAUUGGGUUUCAGUAUCUCAGGAGGAAAAGGAGGCAAUCCUUACAAAGAUGGAUCCGAUUCAGUGUACGUGUCUCGCAUUAUGGAAGGCGGGCCGGCUGAAAAAGAUGGCAAGCUGAAAAUCGGAGAUCACGUCAUUUCCAUAAAUGGUGUCGACGUAGAAGGUGCUCGACACGAUCAAGUUGUUGCUAUGCUCACUGGUUUGGAACGCUUCGUCCGUUUGGUCGUUGAACGCGAAUCGUGGCUUCCGCCAAGCCACCUCAAAUCACCAAAGAUGUUUGGUACUCCUCGACCUUACACCAGCCUCUACAGUCCCAACAGUUAUAUGGCCAACCGGCCCAAUUAUACCGGGCUUUCAAGUUUGCCGACGUCGCCCUUGAUUGGGUCCAUGUCGUCACCUUUGACCACUAGUUCACCAAGCGUCAGCCAAUCAGCCCGUCAGCAAUUCCUCACCACGUCGCCUGAGAGAAAGAGCGGAAGCGGAAACGUGGAACCCUCACCGGUGCCAACAGCUAAGAACGCCGUGGCCUUGCCGUCUGGAGAGGAUAUGCCGAAACACGUUACCAACGAGCAAUUCCAGGCCAUGAUACCGGCUCAUUUCGUCCAGCCUGAGCCUCAGCCGCCCAGCUCCAGCAUCGUCAUCAAUGUCAAGCAACCAGAUCCAGUCGGGGGUGCACUGAGCGAGUUCCAGUUCCCUGCCGUGCCCACCCAAUUGGGCAAAGUCACGGAAACCAUCACAAAGAGCACGUUGACGGAAACCAUCGUCACCCGCGUCACCAACAAUAAACUCGGUGCACUUCCUAUCAUUAUUGAGGAUGUGAUUUUGCAAAAAGGUGCCGGUCCACUGGGUCUUAGUAUUGUCGGUGGGAGUGAUCAUUCGUGUGUUCCAUUUGGUGCCGACGACCCGGGAGUCUUCAUAUCAAAAGUCAUUCCGGAAGGCGUGGCCGCUAAAACGAUGCGACUACGGAUCGGUGAUCGGAUCCUCAAGGUCAACGGCAGGGAUGUUUCCAAGGCUAGCCACCAGGAAGCUGUACAGGCCUUGAUGGAACCCACUGCCGAACUCAUCUUGACUGUCCAGCACGAUCCACCACCGAAAGGAUUGCAAGAAUUGACAAUUUAUCGCAAUGAAGGCGAGAAACUCGGUAUGAACAUUAAGGGUGGUUUGCGUGGACAUCCAGGAAAUCCUCUAGAUAAACACGACGAAGGUGUCUUUAUUUCAAAAAUAAAUCAUGGUGGUGCAGCUAGAAGAGACGGCCGCUUGAAGGUCGGCAUGCGUUUACUCGAAGUGAACGGUAUCAGCCUUCUCGGAGCCUCUCAUCAAGAAGCCGUUAAUUCUUUAAGGACUUCUGGUGAUGUUAUUCAUUUGCUCAUUUGCGACGGAUACGACGCAGCCGAAGUGGAACGGCUCCAGUCGGAAGGCAUCCUAACACGCGAAGCUAAAUCGACAUCAGAGAGUGUUUCGAGUCUAGACAGGGUCGGAGAAGAAACGAACCACGUGAAUCCAAUCCAAGGAGACGAUAACCACGAGGACGGUUCUUGUGAUCGCGAAGAACCCGAAAUUGUGAAGGCCACAGGCUCAUCUUUACCGGUCAGCCCGACGUUAGGUGAUCGGGAUAAAACUUCAGAAAAGGUUUUGGAUGCCGUACGAGCAGCUGAAAUGCUCGUUUCCAACAUGGUACCGAAAUCACCGGGCCCUAAUCGUGUCGACAUGAAAACGACGACGAUUGUCAUGUCCAAACAUACAUUAGCUCCGCAAACAAGCACGCCCAUAGCUCCUCGUGCUAAUCUGGGUGAGGCGGGUCUCGCUGAAGAAGGCGAGACCAUAUCGCCAUCGCCUUCCCCGCUUCCGGGUCGCUUAACGCCGACGGCUAUACGCCAUACCGGUUUGGACCAGCCAUCGGAUCGUAGCUGCAGCAGCAAUGGCAAUAGCCCUAUUCCUCCCAUAGUUCAGGAUGCGAUGCCUCCUCCCGCCACUCCCGCCGUGCCGAAAACGGCACCAACGGGAGGGGGGUUGACGGGUCCCAGCCCAGACAAGAUGACGUUCAGCGCCAAGAAACGCUUCUUCGAAAAGGAAAUAGAAGAGUCUGUUACACCAGCAGUUAAACCAGAGAAGAGGUUCAGCUUUUUGAGCGAAGAUGAAGUCAACAAACUGAAACAAGAAGAGGAGAGGAAAAUUGCUAAUUUGACUAGCGAGCAGCUGCUGAACUUGAGCCGCCUAGACGAUGUCGAUGAGGAAGAUGAAGAUGAAGCAGAAGCUGAUGAACCUCGCGUGGAACCCGUUGCUGUAGCCGUCACAAUCACAACCGUUCCAACAGCCCAGCAUCCAUCAAUCGUCCGCACGGCCAAAGCUGAAAAGCGACUUAAGGAUAAACUAACACGCGAGGGCCUGGAACUCAGCGAGGAGGAAAAAAUGUUAUCUCCAACUGAGCAGAGAGCGUUACAGGCCAAGAAACGGGCGGCCUGGAGGGAAGCGCGCUUGAAAUCAUUGGAGCAAGACGCCAUGCAAGCCGAGAUGGUCAUCAAGAGAAUGAGCGAGUUCAAUCAAGCGGCCGAUACGAGCUCUGGGUCCCUAUCCUCUACACUGCGUAAUGCAACAAAUCCGUCCGCCAGCAGUGACGACAACGGCAACAAUAACCGAUCUAUUCCUGAUUACACCAACAAUAACGAGCAAAUGGAUCCAGAGAAUAAUGUACAGGGUCGAAUUGAAGAAGAGGAUGAAGAAGAAGAAGCCGAUGUUGACAAUUCCGAUCAGGCCGGUCUCGGUGGAAUGGGCAAUAUCGCCACGUCAACGACGAAUAACGGACGUCGGAAGAAGAAAAGCAAAAAAUCUAAGAAUCGAUAAACUGCCGGACUGCCACAUGGAACAGAUGUAUCACACGUUUUUCUGGUGAAUAUUGACCAUCAUCAUGAUCACGCGCUUUUGUUUAUCCAUCCUGAAAACUUGCCUUCACGCCGGCACUUAUAUACCGCUUCCGUCAGUUCUUUUCCGGUCUUGAUCGAAAAACGAAACGGCUCUAUAUCAUUUGCCCUCCUUUUUUUUAACCUUUCAUUUCUCGUCUAGCAUAUUGUACCCGUACUUUUGAGAUCGUCAGCAUUUUUCGUCCUAAUUGGCUUUGUUAUUUUCGUACUAUCCUGUCCUUUUCCCUUACUAUGUUCUUCCUUUUUUAAGUUAAAGAAAAAAUUCGUUUUCACACGAACUAUGGCGGGACCUGUUUAACUUGUCUUGCUAAAGAUGUUUUAUUCACACUAACUCGCAAACAUUUGAAAAGAAAAACUGCGUAUUUUGUGCCUCAUUUAUAGCCCUCUCCCUUAAAAUUUUUACAGUAAAUGAAAAUAAUACAAGCUUCGUCAAAAUA